AUGGUGGAUCAGGAAGGGAAUCCGAAAGUGAACUCGUUCCGCGUGAAGGUGCGCAUGCUGAAGAAAUUUAAGAAAGAAAAUCAACGAGAAGAAGAGGCGAGUGCCUCCUGCCUUCCCUUGAUCGACCGUGUGAUCGAUCCUACGCGCUGA